GGGACCUCAGGAGCCACAAGCUGAGGCAGACGCAGGGUGACAAGAGGAAGUGAGAGGUGAACUUGGCCUGGACCCGGUUGGGGGAGACCCUCCACAGCCUGUUCCCAGGACCGCCGCCCGCUAUGGCCACAGCCCAGCAGCUGCGGGCCGAGAGCGACUUUGAACAGCUCCCCGAUGACGUUGCCAUCUCAGCCAACAUCGCCGACAUCGAGGAGAAGAGAGGCUUCACCAGUCAUUUUGUUUUCGUCAUCGAGGUAAAGACGAAAGGAGGCUCUAAGUACCUCAUCUAUCGCCGUUACCGCCAGUUCUAUGCCCUGCAGAGCAAGCUGGAGGAGCGCUUCGGGCCGGAGAGCAAAGCCAGUGCCCUGACCUGCAACCUGCCGGUGCUCCCAGCCAAGGUCUACAUGGGCGUGAAACAGGAGAUCGCCGAGAUGCGGAUCCCAGCCCUCAAUGCCUACAUGAAGAGCCUCCUCAGCCUGCCGGUCUGGGUGCAGAUGGACGAGGACGUCCGGAUCUUCUUCUAUCAGUCGGUCUACGACGUGGAGCAGGUGCCUCAGGCACUCCGUCGCCUCCGCCCACGCACCCGGAAAGUCAAGAGCGUGUCCCCACAAGCUGCCAGCUUUGACCGCAUGGAAGCUCCUCGAGCAGAGGCCCUGUUUGACUUCACUGGAAACAGCAAACUGGAGCUGAAUUUCAAAGCUGGAGAUGUGAUCUUCCUUCUCAGUCGGAUCAACAAAGACUGGCUGGAGGGCACUGUCCGGGGAGCCACAGGCAUCUUCCCACUGUCCUUCGUCAAGAUCCUCAAAGACUUCCCCGAGGAGGACGACCCCACCAACUGGCUGCGCUGCUACUACUACGAGGACACCAUCAGCACCAUCAAGGAUAUUGCAGUGGAGGAAGAUCUUAGCAGCACCCCACGCUUCAAAGACCUGCUGGAGCUCAUGAGGCGGGAGUUCCAGAGGGAGGACAUCGCCCUGAAUUACCGGGAUGCUGAGGGGGAUCUGGUCCGGCUGCUCUCAGAUGAGGACGUGGGACUCAUGGUGAGGCAGGCGCAAGGCCUCCCCUCCCAGAAGCGCCUCUUCCCCUGGAAGCUGCACGUCACCCAGAAGGACAACUAUGGGGUCUACAACACAGUGCCCUGAGCU